UCUGUUUCGUUAAACCCUGUAAUAACUGAAUCCUCUCUUGUUCUGUAACAACCACACUCCCAUCUUACGACGUCGUUUUUGGAGGGAGCUAUGAAUCCCUCGUUCACUCUCAUCCCUUCUUCACAGCAUCACCGUUCCCUCCUUCCUCUUCCCUUCACCCCUCUCACUUCAAAACGACGCUGUUUUAGAGUCUCCUUACCACGUUGUUCUUCCGCCUCCUCUUCGCCGCUGCCAGUCCAUAAGGACCUCACCGGAGUUGAGCUCCUCGUCGACAAGCUAUCGCCUUCGCUGCGGUUGGCUACCUCCGCCGCUGUCGUCGCCGGCGCCAUCGCCGCCGGGUACGGUCUAGGCUCCAAGUUUGGCGGAAGCCGUAAUGCCGCCCUGGGCGGAGCCGUUGCUUUGGGCGUGGCCGGUGGCGCCGCCGCAUACGCUCUGAAUGCGGUUGCUCCGCAAGUUGCAGCCGUGAAUUUGCAUAACUAUGUGGCCGGGCUUGAUCACCCUUCCAUGUUGAAGAAGGAAGACAUUGAUGGAAUCGCCAACAGGUAUGGUGUGAACAAGCAGAAUGAGGCAUUUAAAGCAGAGAUUUGUGAUAUAUAUUGCCAGUUCGUGUCGUCUGUGCUUCCUCCUGGUGGUGAGGAACUUAAAGGUGAUGAGGCUGACAGGAUCAUCAGCUUCAAGAAUUCUUUAGGAAUUGAUGACCCGGAUGCGGCUGCUAUGCAUAUGGAGGUUGGUAGGAAAAUUUUCAGGCAGAGGCUUGAAGUUGGGGAUCGUGAAGCAGAUAUUGAGCAACGCCGGGCAUUUCAGAAGUUGAUUUAUGUGUCAAAUCUUGUUUUUGGAGAAGCAUCAUCUUUCCUUCUGCCUUGGAAGCGUGUUUUCAAGGUCACUGAUUCCCAGGUUGAAGUAGCUAUACGUGACAAUGCCCAGCGAUUGUAUGCUUCCAAGCUGAAAUCAGUUGGCAGAGAUAUUGAUGCAGAGAAACUUGUUACGCUUAGAGAAGCUCAAUGUUUGUAUCACCUUUCUGAUCAGCUUGCUGAAAACUUGUUUAAGGAGAGUACAAGGAAAUUGGUUGAGGAAAAUAUUUCAGUAGCACUUGAUAUACUUAAAUCCCGCACUAGAGCAGCCCCUGGAGUCAGCCAAGCCGUGGAGGAGCUUGAUAAGACAUUGGCAUUCAAUAACUCACUCAUCUCAUUAAAGAAACAUCCGGAUGUCGAUCGCUUUGCCCGAGGUGUUGGCCCAGUUUCUUUACUGGGUGGUGAGUAUGAUGAUGACGGAAAAAUAGAGGACUUGAAACUCCUUUACAGAGCAUAUGUUACAAAUACUUUGUCUGGUGGUUGCAUGGAAGAUAAUAAGCUUGCUGCACUAAAUCAGCUGAGGAAUAUAUUUGGGUUGGGUAAACGUGAAGCAGAAGCCAUUAGACUUGAUGUUACAUCAAAAGUAUAUCGCAAACUCCUUGCACAGGCUGUUUCAGGUGGUGAUCUAGAAAUGGCAGAUAGCAAAGCAGCAUUCCUUCAAAAGUUGUGUGAUGAAUUGCACUUUGAUCCACAAAAGGCCAGUGAAAUUCAUGAAGAAAUCUACCGGCAAAAGCUUCAGCAAUUGGUGGCUGAUGGGGAGCUCAGUGAGGAGGACGUUUCUGCUUUGUUGAGGUUACGUGUAAUGCUCUGUAUACCUCAACAUUCUGUUGAAGCAGCUCACUCAGAUAUCUGUGGCAGUUUGUUUGAAAAGGUUGUCAAUGAUGCAAUUGCAUCAGGGGUUGAUGGAUAUGAUGCUGAUAUCAAGAAAUCAGUAAGAAAAGCAGCAUAUGGCUUGCGACUAACCCGGGAGACUGCUAUGUCUAUUGCAAGCAAGGCCGUAAGGAAGAUAUUUAUUAAUUACAUAAAACGUGCACGAGCAGCUGGAAAUCGUACAGAGUCUGCUAAAGAACUCAAGAAGAUGAUAGCUUUCAACACAUUGGUUGUGACUGAGUUGCUGAAGGACAUUAAAGGGGAGUCAGCUGAUGUAUCAGCUGGGGAGUCAGCUGAUGUAUCGGAUGAAGAUCCUGUAAAGGAGGACGUCACACAAACUGAAGAUGAAGAAUGGGAUUCUCUUCAGACACUUGAGAAAAUAAGGCCAAACAAAGAACUUGUAGCUAAGUUGGGGAACCCUGGUCAGACAGAAAUUACUCUUAAAGAUGACCUUCCUGAAAGAGAUAGGACUGAUCUUUAUAAGACUUACCUGCUUUUCUGCCUAACUGGUGAAGUGACAAGGGUUCCAUUUGGUGCCCAGAUCACUACUAAAAAGGAUGAUUCAGAAUAUGUUUUUCUAAAUCAACUUGGUGGGAUUCUAGGUUUGAGUAGUAAAGAAAUAGUGGAAGUACAUAAAAGUCUAGCAGAGCAAGCUUUUAGGCAACAAGCUGAGGUCAUUUUAGCUGAUGGACAGUUGACAAAGGCCAGGGUGGAGCAGCUUAAUAGUCUGCAGAAGCAAGUAGGCUUACCUCAAGAAUAUGCUCAGAAAAUAAUCAAGAGUAUUACCACUACCAAAAUGGCAGCUGCACUUGAAACUGCAGUAACUCAAGGGAGGCUGAGUAUUAAGCAGAUAAGAGAGCUUAAGGAAGCCAAUGUUGAGAUAGACAGCAUGGUAUCUGAGAACUUGAGAGAGACACUCUUCAAAAAAACUGUUGAUGAUAUUUUCUCAUCAGGCACUGGAGAUUUUGAUGAGGAGGAAGUAUUUGAAAAAAUCCCAUCGGAUCUCAACAUUAAUAAAGGGAGAGCAAGAGGCGUUGUUUGUGAGCUGGCACAAACUAGGUUAUCUAAUUCACUCAUUCAGGCCGUGGCACUAUUAAGACAGAGAAAUCAUGAAGGAGUGGUUUCUUCACUCAAUGAUAUGCUGUCUUGUGACAAAGCAGUACCCUCACAGCCCCUCUCAUGGGAAGUGCCAGAGGAGCUUGCUGAUCUUUACACUAUAUACAUGAAGAGUAAUCCAACUCCUGAAAAAUUAUCUCGUUUGCAGUAUUUGUUGGGCAUAAAUGAUUCCACAGCAGCUGCUCUUCGGGAGACAGGAGAAUUGCUUAAUAAUACUUCGGAGGAAGAGUUUAUAUUCUAAGUGUUAUAACAAAAUAGUUAGCAACAUGCAUAUUGGAGAGAGAUACAUUCUGAAAAAGGAAAGUGAUCAGAACUGAUUUUACAACUGGGCUGACCAUGUGAUCUUCCUCUAUACAAAUGGCCUGGAUCCUUCUUGAGUCAAAGCAUCUUGCAGUUUGGAACAGCUUUAAUUCAUGGGUCUUCAAUGGAACAAGAUGGGGGGUGUACCUGCAAGACAUUCCGACGCUCAAGUCAGUUAUGGUUCAAGCAGGUUUCAAUUAUGUAGAAGAAGAUGUGUACCUUAGUGUGGAUACAUAUAUAUUUAUAGUAGAGAGAUGAACAUCUUUGCAAGUGGUGAGACAUACUUGGAGAUGAAGUAUUCAGAAAGAUGUAGAAGGGGCAACUUGAUGUCAUGUAGUUUUUAAUGUUGAGAAGCUUGCUGUUAUUAAGGAAUCUUUGCUGUCAUAAGUUUUUACUGUUGUCCAGCUUGAUGAGUAUUGUGAUAGAGAUGAGGUUGCUUUAAUAUUGAGGAGCUUGUUAUCAUGUAGCCUUUUAUUAUUGUGGAGCUUGUAGCCUUUAUUGACUAAGGCUUUGCUUCAUUGCGAAGAUUUUUGA